AUGGAGGCUGCCGGGUUGAUGGAUAUCAUCCCCUGCCUUCCGAUUCGAGGCAUUUGCGACUAUGCGGAUGCCCACAAGAACAAGUCGUGGCAGAAAUAUGCUGCCGCUACAGCGGCUGCAUACGCAAGGGAAUUUCUAUCGGUUCUUCCUUUGAGUGACAUACGUAUCAGACCUUCCUGCAUGACUGCUCCCUGCUUACAAGCUUCCGAUAGUCGCCAACAGCGAGUGCUCCAGGCUCUUCACCUCGACCGAAAAGAUUUCCGCCAAGCUGCCAUAAAAGCUGCCCAUUCCAAGACAUGCCGGUGGUUUAUUAAACACUCUGCAUAUCAAGUGUGGCUUGACCCCGAAAAGCUGGCGGAACACCACGGUUUCUUAUGGAAACGUGGCAAGCCCGGGGCAGGGAAGUCAACACUAAUGAAAUUCGCAUAUUCGAACAUGCGCAAUGUCCGUCAGACCUUAGGAUUUACUGCUUCUUUUUUCUUCAAUGCUCGUGGAGAAUAUCUAGAAAAGUCUAUCGAAGGGAUGUACCGGUCUUUAACAUUACAAUUGCUCAAAGGUUAUCCUCGGCUCCAGUCAGUGUUAAAUAAUCAGGAUUUCAACACUGAGAGCCCUGACGAAUGUCCUUCCCUGGAUAUACUUAAGAACAUCUUUCAUGACGCGGUUUCCUCUCUCGGCCACGAUCACUUCACUUGUUUUAUUGACGCUCUUGAUGAGUGCGAUGAACAACAGGUGAUGGACAUGGUGCAAUACUUCGAAGAUCUUGCAGAGCAUUCGGCAGACAACAACAUUUCAUUUCGAGUUUGCUUCUCUAGUCGGCACUACCCCUAUAUUUUUGUGCGGCGUGGAAUCGAAUUUACCUUGGAGAACCAACCGGAUCAUGCACAAGACUUAGCAACAUAUGUUGAAAGCCGCUUGCGGGUUCAAGACCCUAUAGUCAGUAAUGAGUUGCGAUCCAAGCUUCUAGAGAAGGCGUCCGGAGUGUUCCUCUGGGUCAUAUUGGUCGUCGACAUUCUCAACAAUGAACAUGCUAGAGGUGGCAUGGCUCUGAGAAGGAGACUCGACGAGAUCCCAAGUGGUCUUCACGAACUGUUCAGUGAUAUGCUGAGGCGUGACAGCAUAAACAGGGAAAGCCUGCUAAUUUGUGUACUACUGAUUCUCUGUGCUAGACGUCCCUUGCGACCAGAUGAGUUCAGUCAUGCGCUUUGGUCUGGUCUUUUGAUGCAAGACUUGGCCGAUUCCGAGCCUCCAAAUCUCACUGAAACAGGUGCGGAGCUCAGCGCUGAGAGAUAUGUCAUUGGCUCUUCCAAGGGUCUGGCGGAGGUUACCAAGACAAAGAAUCCUAGGGUACAAUUCAUUCACGAGUCUGUUAGCGAUUUCCUACUCAAAUCUGGAGGCCUUCACCAAUUAUGGCCCGAUUUGGGAUUUGAAUGGAGGAUCCAAAGCCACGAGAAACUCAAACAAUGUUGCCAGGUGUAUAUGAAUCACGACUCGGUUCAUUUAGGUACCAAAGCCAUAUUGUUAAGGGAUUCUGCUAGUUCGCCAUCCAAUAUCUCCUCAAAGUAUCCGUUUUUGGAGUAUGCCAGUCAGUCUGUUCUUUAUCACGCUGAGCUUGCAGCGGAAGGGAUCCCCCAAGACGGCUUUCUAUCGCGAUUCAAUACUCGAGAAUGGAUCAGUACCGUCAACUACUUUGAAAAGUAUCGACUACGUCGCUUUACGGCCGAUGCUAGCCUUAUUUACAUUUUGGCUGAAAAGGACUGUCCGAACUUGAUACACACAGUAUUAAGUGAACAUCCAACAGCUGGAAUUACGGUAAAGGGUGAGAGAUUCUGUUAUCCAAUUUUUACUGCUUUGGCACACCGUAACAAAGCCUCUGUUGCUGCUCUUUUACACUCGCCUUCGACAAUCGUGGAAGGAACAAAUGUUACACAGGGAUUAUUUCGGAUAGAAGAUUUUAAAGAUUUCAAGAGACGAACGCCGCUUACUUGGGCUGUUCAAGAAGGCCGCGUAGGCUUACUGAGUAUUUUACUCAAGAUAGGGGCCAUUAUCGACGAGAGAGACGGUGAAGGCUGCUCAGCUCUCAAAAGAGCUUUCGAAUGUAACAAAGCAGCGACUGUAAAAUAUCUUAUCAACAACAAUGCGGACGUUGAUAUUGGCGGCCUUAGCGGACCUACUGCACUCCAUAAAGCCUCAAAGAUGGGGUCCGAGACGGCUGUGAGGCUUCUUAUUGAGAACGGGGCGAAAAUUAACGCUCGAAACUCUAACGGGUCUACUGCACUUCAUGAAGCCUCAGUUAGAAAGUCUGAGGCGAUUGCAAGGCUUCUCAUUGAGAACGGGGCGAAACUUAACGCCCGAGACUAUAAAGGACACACUGCACUCCAUUCAGCCUCAGAGGGAGGGUUUGAGACGACUACUAGGCUUCUUGUUGAAAACGGGGUGGUAGUUAAUGCUCGGGACUCUAACGGAGCUACUGCACUCCAUCUGGCCUCAAAAGGAGGAUUUGAGGCGAUUGCUAGGCUUCUUAUUGAAAAAGGGGCGGAAGUUAAUGCUCGGGACUCUAAUGGAGCUGCUGCACUCCAUCUGGCCUCAAAAGGAGGAUUUGAGGCGAUUGUGAGGCUUCUCAUUGAGAAUGGUGCGGAUAUUAAUAUCCAGGACUCUAAUGGAGCUGCUGCACUCCAUUCGGCCUUAGAGGGAAAAUUUGAUACGAUUGCUGAGGUUCUUGUUGGAUUUAAUGAUUGGGACUCUGAUGGAGCUACUACACUCGACAAAGCCUCAAAGGACAAGUUUCUGGAAGUUGUGAGGGUGCUUACUGAGAACGGGGCGGAAUGGUCUAUCGAUCUCCAGUAA